AACAAGCGACUUUAGCUGCGCUCCUUUCCCAAACUUUCUUUGCUCAUUGGUGGCUCCAGCACUCUCUCUCGUACGCUUUCCCUUUUUGGUUCCAGGCCUCGAAAAUUCCUCAUGUUUCUCUUCUGGAUAUCAAAAUCCUAGAGAUGCUUCUCGGUUUCGGUUUCAGUUUCUUGCCUCUCCAGAUCUGAAGCAUUAUUCUAGUGUUGUUAGUUUCAAUUUGCUUGAGCUGGUGCUAAGAUGGAGGAACCCCUUGUACAUUCGGGCGAGGAUGCAGUGGAAAAGCCCCAAAUGUCAGAGAAUCAGGCCUCUGCUGGUUCAUCAGAAAGCGGAAAAAAGGUUUCGAAAGCUGUAAAACCUAGUGUUGCAUCUGCCUUAAAGGUCUCGGCCGCAACGGUUCCUGUUAGGAAGAGAUUGGAGUCCAAAGCGGGUCUGGACUCUACCUCGUCUGUGAUGAAACCGACUGUAAGUGCAUCAUUGAAAAGUUCAAAUGGGGUUCCGGCGGCAAGGCGAAACAGUACGGGAGGCUUGCCCGAGAGGCGGCAAAGCAAUGCUGGUUCGGUUGCGGGGAAAAACACUACUACUUCUGGUUCGGAAACGGUUAGGCGGUCUCUCCCGGAAGCUAGAAGGAGUUCAAUGCCUUCGCCUGUUACCAAAACUUCAACGAGAGCAAGUGUUCCGGAGACUAGAAAGUCCGUUCCUGUGUCACCAGUUGGUCGCAGCCUGAACACAUCAACUGGGUCCGAUGUUGGUAAGCGGGAAAUUGUGAGGAAGCCUUCAGUUAAGCCAGCAUCAUCAGCCACUUCUUCUUCUUCUUCUAGAAGGGUUACUUCUACUACGUUGGGCAGUAGUGGCAGCAGUGGGAUUAGGAAGACGGUUUCAAUGAUUUCUUCACCAUCAGCUCGGUCACCUUCAGUUUCCAGUGGAUUGAGAGCUGGGUCUUUGUCGUCAUCUCUAGAUAGGAGCUCGAGUUUAUCUGGACGGAGGAAAGCGGCAACUCCUGAAAGCCGAGAUUCUAGGUUCAUUGUCCUUCCACACGUGGAGAUUAAAGCUGGUGAUGAUGUGAGGUUGGAUCUUCGAGGUCAUAGAGUUCGCAGUCUCAAUGCUAGUGGCUUGAACUUGUCAGCAAAUUUAGAGUUUGUGUAUCUCAGAGACAAUCUCUUGUCUACAUUGGAAGGAGUUGAGAUACUGAAGCGGGUGAAGGUUCUUGAUUUGAGCUUCAAUGACUUUAAAGGGCCUGGAUUUGAACCUCUUGAGGAUUGCAAAUCUCUACAGCAACUCUACCUUGCUGGAAAUCAAAUCACAUCACUCGCAAGCCUCCCACAGCUUCCAAAUUUAGAGUUUCUUUCUGUUGCUCAAAAUAAGUUGAAGUCUCUUGCAAUGGCAAGCCAACCUCGACUACAGGUAUUAGCUGCCAGCAAAAACAAAAUUUCAACUCUCAAGGGUUUCCCACAUUUACCAGUUCUUGAGCAUUUAAGAGUGGAGGAGAAUCCUAUUCUUAAAAUGCCUCACUUAGAAGCAGCUUCCAUUUUGCUUGCUGGUCCUACCUUGAAAAAGUUCAAUGAUAGAGAUCUAUCCCGGGAUGAGCUAGCUUUAGCAAAGCGUUAUCCUGCGCAUACAGCUUUGUGCAUUAGAGAUGGUUGGGAGUUUUGCCGUCCAGAGCAUGCAGCAGAGUCAACUCUUCACUUUCUUGUUGAGCAAUGGAAGGAUCAUUUGCCUUCCGGGUACCUGCUCAAGGAAGCUUCUGUUGAUCAGCCUUUCGAAGAAGAUGCUUGCCGCUGUCACUUUACUUUUGUCCAAGAUAGCACAUUGAGCACUGACCCACACUUAGUCUUAAGCUAUCAAUGGUUUGUGGGAGAGAGAAUGCUUUCAGGUUUUUCUGCAAUUCCUGAUGCUACUGGAGAGGUUUACUGGCCAAAGCAAGAAGACAUUGGUAAAAUGUUGAAAGUGGAAUGUACUCCCCUACUCGGAGAAACAAAGUAUCCUUGUAUUUUUGCCCUAUCCUCACCAGUUUCACCAGGAACUGGAAUUCCAAAGGUUGUGAACCUUGAAGUACUUGGGGAAUUGGUGGAGGGAAAUACCAUUAGGGGUUAUGCUGAGGUUGCAUGGUGUGGUGGGACUCCAGGGAAAGGUGUUGCUAGUUGGUUAAGGAAAAAAUGGAACAGCAGCCCUGUGGUAAUUACUGGAGCAGAGGAUGAUGAGUAUCGCUUGUCUAUAGAUGACAUUGAUUCAAGAUUGGUUUUUAUGUAUACACCUGUAACAGAAGAAGGUGCCAAAGGAGAACCUCAAUAUAAAUACACAGAUUCUGUAAAAGCAGCUCCUCCAUCAGUCAGUAAUGUCCGAAUCAUUGGAGAUGCUGUCGAAGGAAAUACUGUCAAAGGAGUUGGUGAUUAUCUGGGAGGAAGAGAGGGUCCCAGCAAGUUUGAAUGGUUACGCGAGAACAAGGAUACAGGAGACUUUGUACGUGUGUCAUCUGGUACACUUGAGUAUACCUUGACAAAAGAAGAUGUUGGGCGAAUCUUGGCUUUUGUAUAUAUACCAACCAAUUUCGAAGGGCAGGAAGGAGAAUGCGUAUCAGUAGUGUCUCAUGUUGUGAAGCAAGCACCACCCAAGGUAACAAAUGUAAAGAUAAUUGGUGAAUUGAGGGAGAACAACAAGAUAACUGUAACUGGUAUUGUUACGGGAGGAACUGAGGGUUCUAGCAGAGUGCAGUGGUUUAAGAAAAGAUCAUCCAUAUUGGAUGGUGAGAGAGAUCUUGAAGCGUUGAGCGCAUCCAAGAUUGCCAAGGCAUUCCGCAUACCAUUAGGUGCUGUUGGCUAUCACAUUGUUGCCAAAUAUACUCCUAUGACUCCAGAUGGUGAACCUGGUGAACCAGCAUAUGCGAUAUCAGAUAGAGCAGUUGAAACUCUUCCCCCAAGUUUGAAUUUCUUAUCUAUUACUGGUGAUUACACUGAAGAUGGAAUGUUGACUGCAUCAUAUGGUUACAUAGGGGGUCAUGAGGGGAAAAGUAAAUACAAUUGGUAUCUUCAUGAGGUUGAAACUGACUCAGGUUCUCUUAUACCUGAGGUUUCAGGACUGCUUCAGUAUCGUAUUACCAAGGAUGCGAUUAAUAAAUACAUUUCCUUCCAAUGCACUCCAAUACGUGAUGAUGGGUUUGUUGGGGAGCCAAGAACUUGCAUGGGGCAGGAACGUGUUCGCCCAGGAAGCCCAAGGUUGCUUUCUUUACAAAUAGUUGGAAAUGCUAUUGAAGGAACCCCACUAAGCGUUGAAAAGAAAUAUUGGGGUGGUGAAGAGGGAGAUUCAGUGUUCCGCUGGUUCCGGACUAGUUCUGAUGGCAUACAGAGUGAAAUUAAGGGUGCAACUACUGCGUCAUACAAGCUCUCAGUUGAUGACAUUGGCUUCUUUAUUUCAGUUUCUUGUGAACCUGUAAGAAGUGACUGGGCUCGUGGUCCCAUUGUUCUUUCUGAACAAAUGGGACCUAUAAUACCAGGCCCCCCUACUUGUCAGUCUCUAGAAUUUCUCGGGUCAAUGAUAGAAGGGCAACGUGUGAGCUUUAUUGCCUCUUAUAGUGGAGGGGAGAGGGGAGAUUGCUUCCAUGAAUGGUUUAGAGUGGAAAGUUAUGGCGUACGGGAGAAAAUCAGUACUUUUGAUUUUGUGGAUUUGACUCUUGAGGAUGUGGGAAGAUCCAUUGAGCUUGUUUAUACUGCUGUGCGCCAAGAUGGAAUGAAAGGGAGCCCUAGGAGCAUAUUAUCUGACAUAAUUGCUCCAGCUGAUCCUAUCGGAGUGGACCUGGAAAUUCCUGAUUGCAUUGAGGACAAGGAGGUUAUCCCACAAAAAUCAUAUUUUGGUGGACAAGAAGGUGUUGGACAAUAUAUUUGGUAUAGAACAAAGAAUAAGCUGCAUAUAUCUGCACUAAUAGAUGUAUCUAGUGCUUGUGAAGACGCUGUGAUAUGUGGUAAAACAUUAACUUAUAUAACAUCACUUGAAGAUGUUGGGGCCUACUUGGCCUUAUAUUGGCUGCCUACUCGUGCUGAUGGCAAAUGCGGGAAGCCAUUGGUUGCAAUAUCUAACUCUCCAGUUGCCCCAGCUCUUCCAGUAGUUUCUAAUGUUCAUGUCAAGGAGUUGUCUUCGGGUACUUAUUCUGGAGAUGGUGAAUAUUUCGGUGGGCAUGAGGGAUCAAGCCUCUUCAGCUGGUAUAGAGAAACUAAUGAGGGCACUAUUAUUCUUAUCAAUGGAGCCAACUUGAGUACCUAUGAAGUUACUGAUUCAGAUUACAAUUGCCGGCUGUUGUUUGGAUACACUCCUGUCCGUUCAGAUUCAGUUGUUGGAGAACUCAGAUUAUCUGAGCCAACUGAUAUUGUUCUCCCAGAGCUUCUGAAAGUGGAGUUGCUUGCUCUCACUGGAAAGGCAGUUGAAGGUGAUAUACUCACUGCUGUUGAAGUAAUUCCAAAGAGUGAGACUCAGAAAUGCAUUUGGGGCAAGUACAAGAAAGAUGUCAGAUACCAAUGGUUCAUUUCAUCAGAAGUGGGAGAUAGAAAAUCCUAUGAACCAUUACCUACACAGUGUUCCUGCUCUUACAAGGUGAGACUUGAGGACAUUGGCCGAAGCCUGAGAUGUGAAUGCAUCGUGACUGAUGUGUUUGGAAGGUCGACUGAGCCAGUAUAUGCUGAGACUGCACCUGUAUUGCCAGGGAUUCCUAGAAUAGAUAAGUUGGAGAUUGAGGGGAGGGGCUUCCACACCAACUUAUAUGCUGUUCGUGGAAUUUAUACUGGAGGAAAAGAAGGCAAAAGUAAAAUUCAGUGGCUUAGAUCAAUGGUUGGAAGUCCUGAUCUGAUCUCUAUACAAGGAGAAAUAGGAAGGAUGUAUGAAGCUAAUGUUGAUGACGUGGGAUACAGGUUGGUGGCCAUUUAUACUCCUGUAAGAGAGGAUGGCAUUGAGGGGGAACCUGUUUCUGCAUCAACAGAGCCAAUUGCAGUUGAGCCUGAUGUUCUUAAAGAAGUGAAGCAGAAGAUUGAUGUUGGGUCUGUGAAGUUUGAGGCAUUGUGUGACAAGGAUCGAUCUUCUAAAAAGGUACCUUCAGUGGGGAGUCUCGAGAGGAGAGUCCUAGAAGUUAAUAGAAAAAGAGUCAAGGUUGUAAAGCCAGGGUCUAAAACUUCUUUCCCAACAACUGAAAUUCGUGGAAGUUAUGCACCUCCUUUCCAUGUGGAGCUUUUCCGAAGUGACCAACAUCGGCUUAGAAUUGUAGUGGACAGUAAUAAUGAAGUAGACUUGAUGGUGCAGUCCCGGCACCUCCGCGAUGUUAUAGUGCUUGUGAUCCGAGGCUUUGCUCAGAGAUUCAAUAGUACAUCUCUCAAUUCUCUCCUCAAAAUAGAAACAUAAUUAUAGUUAAGAAGUGUAAAGUGAAUCAUUGAAAAUAUAUAAAUCUAUAGGUUUUGAGACGUGCAUGUCAUCGUCCUUCUUUUUCUCUCUUCCAUUUUAGCAUCAUCAAUGCUUGUUUUCCUUCCAACAUUGUUACUUUUUCUUAUAAGAAGUGUUGUGCUGUGGUCAAUGGAUAGUUGUUCUCACAAUCAUUGUCUAUUACUGUUUCAAUUAUAUUAUUGUUAAGCUAU